GUGACCGGCGCCCUGCCUGAAUUACGCCACCACAACUGCCACGCUGGGAAGACAAGCUUUGCGUGGUUAUAUACCCACCGGUAGGCUCGAGUGUCGAGAACAUUGAGCUUCGGACCACCGGAGUCCGUCAAUAUCAGAGAUACCGCCGACGCACACAUAAGCCUAAGGCCCUGAAGGCUUGAAAGGAUCUUCGCAGUCGACCAAUGGGCUUGUUCUGCGCCAAGUGCCCGAAGUACGCCACAAAGAGGUGCAAAGGGUGUCAAGUGUCGAGUGCCAACUACUGCAGCAAAGACUGCCAGGAGCAAGACUGGCCGGAACACAAAUUCGAAUGCGAGUCGAAAGCUUCGAUUGAGAUUGGCACAGCUGAUCGGCUGGUGCGCGCCGCCCACCGUCGCCGUCUGCCCCAUGACAUGGCUACACUCUCGGAGUGGGGCUUCGUACGUGCUGCGAUGGACAACAGCAUCCACGAACUCCUCGACUUCUGGGUCGAAUUCAUCGUCUCGCUGGAGAUCCCCUCGAGGUCACUUCGUAACUGGCGGCGGGACCAAGUCUUAUGCCAGAUCAUAGAGUUGGGAUACCAGAAAUCGGGCCGCGCCAGCAAGAGCCAGGCUUUCAAGUGGUUUAAGGAGCAUCGAUGGAUCAUCGAUCCCUCCCUGGGUGCUCCCCCGAACAUCAGACAGGGGCCAGCGGACGCUUCUACACGUUUCCAGCGGUGGAUCGGCCUCCCAGCCGCUGCUUUUCAGAACAUAGAUGCCGUCAGGUCGACGUGGCCCGAGAGCAAGAGAACCUGCUACGAUAUGAGUGAACUAGUGUUCAAUCAUUUCGCGAUACUCCCGCCUACGACGCUCUGGAUCGAUUUCGGGUUCUGCGUCUGCAGAAACGACCGCGAGGAGAAGAAGCUGGAGGAUAUCUACAGGCGUCUUCUUGAGCUGCACACAUUCGAGGAGUUCUGGACCGCCUACGGCAAUGGCACCCUCAUAUCCCUCAUGGAUCCGUUGCUGUCAGCGUUCGAGUGGCGAAAACGCGCGGAGCUGCUAGACGUUUUCCAGAACCCUACGCCGUCUAGCGACUCGAAGUCAGUAUGGGUUCUGAAGGGAGCCAUUCUUGCCGACGGGACUGGUUCCAUCAUGAGGGAACCGUCUCACCCGGUGUCGGUGGAGUAUGGCUUCUGCAACGCACGGUCCGUCGACGACGUCAAGGAGCUCAAGCGGCUGUACAUGCGGUUGUUCCUUGACGUCAAUGUCCGUCCGCUGAAACUGCACGAGGUCGCCGUCGCGGACGGCUUGUACGGUUUCGCCAACAACGUUCUUGGUUUUGGGAAGGAGGAGAAAGAGGUGUUCGGGAGGCUGCUAGGGAGAUGAGUCGCUGAACUUCCGCAACUGCGGGCGGGGGUGCAAGCUAAUA